AAUUCGUAAUGCGCUAUUUUUGAACUCAGUCCAAUUGGAUUUGACAUCUUAUUCGUUUUGCUAAAAGUGUCGUCUUCAUAACUUGGACGCAACCCGUUUGUUUACGUUCGAUUGCUUUGGAGGUUUACUGGGCGUCGUUAAAAGUUAUUUGAGUAAGGAAUUAGUGGUUGUUGACAAGCAAGACCCCAAAAUGAGUAAAGUUGUUGGAAUACCACCAUAUACAUUUAUUCAUAUUUUAAACCUUAAUACCAACAUUACAAGACUUGAAAUUGGACCACAGAAUUUUGUUCUCCAGAACAACGAGAAGUUAUUAACUGAACCAUGUCCUAUGGUAAAAAUACCACCUGGACACUACUGUAUCAUAAAGAAUCCUAUGAGUAAAUAUAAAGCUGGUGAAUAUUGUGAACUAAAGUUAGGAGAAUCAAAAGUUAAAUUAAAUGGGGAACCAUUUCCAUUGUAUCCUGGAGAAUCCCUACAAGGAGCUGAAAAUUUUGGCAUCUCUUCUGGUGACUAUAUGAAAGCUGUGAAAGCUUUGCCCGUUGUUCCUGUCAGUAAUGCGUUAAAGUUAACUGCUAUAGUUGAUCAUGAAGAUGGUGAUGUAUAUCGUAGAGCUGGUGAUAUGUGGCAUGUAGAAGGUCCAGUAACCUACAUUCCAACAGUACAAGCUGAAAUACUAGAAAUGGUGAAACCUAUUAUAAUACAUACUGAUGAAGUUGUUCGUUUGCGUGCUCUUCAAGAUUGUAUUGAUAAAAAGGGGAGUCAACGUGUAACUGGUGAAGAAUGGAUAAUAUCAGAUCCAGGCGCUUAUCUACCUGGAGUUUGUGAAGAGGUGGUUGUAAAAGAAGAAAAGAUAACUCUAACACCUGAAACAGGACUACAUCUAGCUGCUACGCAAACUCUUGUGGAUAUAACUGGAAAACAAAGGCAAACCGGAGAAGAAUGGUUGAUCACUGGAGAAGAUGUAAAUGAACUUUCACCUCAGAUUGGCGUGGCUAUUGUAAGAGAGGUAUAUAAGACAGUAUUAAGUAAAGGUAAAUACUGUGUUAUAGUUAAUCCCGUGGAUAAAGAUGGUAAACCUCAACAUGGACAAUUUCUGCUCAAAAAAGGAUUAACUAGUUUCUUCUUACAUCCAGCUGAAUAUUUAGAAAAAGGAAUUCAGUCAGCUUUUGUAUUAUCUAAUAAUGAAUCUAUAGUUCUACAAGCUGUUGAAGAUUUUACAGAUGAUAUGUUUAAAGAUGUUGUUAACAGAAAGGCUGGAGAUAGGUGGAUGUUAUUAGGACCAUUAGAAUAUAUACCACCAAUACACGUUAAAAUUCUCAAACACAGAAAGACAAUACCACUAAGUAAAAAUGAAGGUGUUUAUGUUCAGAAUAUUAGAACUGGACAGGUGCGAGCUGUAAUGGGACCAUGUUCAUAUAUGUUAGAAGAAUGGGAAGAAUUAUGGAAGAAACCACUACAGUCAGAUGUUGAAGAAUUACUCAGAUGUGGAGGUGGUACUGGUACAGGUGAUAUACGUAAACUAGCUUACUAUGAACAAUCUAUAGACCCAAAAGUUUUAAAGGGUAGAGAUGAAACAUGUGUAAUAACAUAUCGUAUUCCUGGUAACACCGCCCUACAGAUUUAUAACUACCAGAAGAAAACAGCACGAGUUAUGUUUGGACCUGAUCUAGCUGUACUUGGUCCACAUGAAAACUUUAAUGUUCUUAGUUUAAGUGCUGGGAAACCGAAGAAAACAAAUGCCUUGAAGUCAUUAUGUUUGAUGUUGGGACCAGAUUUUAUUACAGAUAUCAUUGAGGUGGAGACUUCAGAUCAUGCUCGUUUGCAAGUAAAAGUUGCCUUCAACAACCAUUUUGAGUAUGUGAAAGGUGAUAAAGAAAGUGAAAAGAAAAUAUUUGCUGUACCAGAUUUUAUUGGCUUUGCUUGUAAUCAGAUUGGUGGAAAAAUCCGGGCAGCAAUAGCCCAAGUUCCGUUUGAUAAAUUCCACAGAAAUUCUCUACAAGUGAUCCAGUAUGCUGUGCUUGGUAGAACUGGAGGUCAAGUCAAAUUUGAGGUCAAUAAUAUGGUUGUAAGUAGUUUAGAUGUACAGAGUAUUGAACCUGUUGAUAAGAAGAUGAGAGACAGUCUCAGUAAAUCUGUACAACUUGCUAUAGAAAUAUCUACAAGUUCUGUUGAGGCUGCAGCUUCUCAUGAAGCCAGUAGAAAUGAACAGGUUGCCAGGGGCAAUUUAGAGCGACAGAAAUUGGUAAAUGAAAGAAACUCGGAACUGGAAAGGACCAAGUUGUUAGAAUUGUGUGCUAUGACGGCUGCUGUUGAAUCAACUGGUCAAGCGAAGGCAGAAGCUCAAGCUAUCGCUGAAAAAACAUUGAUCGAGUGUCAUAGUGAAAUAGAAGCUGCUAGAUUAAAAGCAGAAGCUCUGUCUAUUGAACAUAGAGCAAAACUGGAGUCACAAAUAUUGAUGAGAAAACAUGAAAUAGAUUAUGCCAGAAGACAAAACGAACUAGAACUAAACAGAAGUAAAAGAAUUGCUGACAUUGAGGUGACGAGCUUCAAUAACAAAGUACAAGUUUUGGGUGUAGAAACCGUGAAGUCCAUGGCCAGAGCUGGACCAGAAAGUCAGGUAAAAUUGUUACAAGGAAUUGGAUUGGAGAGUGUUUUAGUCACAGAUGGCAAUAGUCCAAUCAAUCUCUUCAAUACAAGUACUGGAUUGAUUGGUGGAAAAUGCUAGAAGAGAUUUUUAUAAUUUUUUGUUGAUAAACCUGACCUCUAUUUCUGUUUGAGUAUUAUCUGUUAUACACAGACAUUACUUGUAGACAGAAAAAUCAUUGAUGCUUUUAUGAUUUAUUUCUACUAUUUUAUUUUCAUAUUUUUUUUUGUUCGGAAUAUAAUUUUCUUUCGAUAUAUAUUUACUUUUUGGUACCCUUUCCUACCUGUGAUAAAUAUACAUGUCCCAUAAUGGCCAUGAUUUUUGUCUAUAUAGCAUAAUUAUGUUGCAUAAUAGACAUGAUUUUUGUCUAUAAUAUGUUGCAUAAUAGACAAGUUUUAUUGAACAAAUUUGUUAAAUUUUUAAGAAAUAUAAUUAUUUUCAAUAUACAAUAUGCAUUUAUCUAUGAAAGAUGCAUUAUGUAACAUUUAGAUAAAGAGCUGACAGUUCUUUUUACAAUAGUUCAAAAUAUAGAUUAUAAAAAAUGAAUAUAUUGAUAAUUUCAGUGAUAUUAUUUUAUUUUGAAUGUUAAAAGUUUUGACAAGAUAGCCUUAAUAGUCAAGUAGCAUUGUUUCAAUGAUAAUCAGACUCUUGAUUAUCCAUUUGAACUUAAAAUUAUUAAAUGGUGUGGGGGUGGGGGGUCUAAUCCUUUUAAUAUCUCGGCCAUCCUAUGGCUUAGAGAGUGGAUUAUGUGCUUGUUGUGUAAAUAAUAAUUUAUAUAACAUUUGAAGCCAGAAAAAAGACCUGAAAUAGGUAGAAUUAGCUCAUACUCAAUGCAUAUUAUUAUUAUGUAACAGUCAAAUUUUGUUCUCAAACAUAACGCAUAUCAUUAAUAGUUGAUUAGAAGAAUUAUUGUCUCUACCUACAAAUUAUAAAUAAAUAACUAUGUAUUUUUGAACCAGGAAUUGGUUGCAUACACUAAGUAAUUUUGUUCUUGGGGGCGACACUCUAAAAAAAAAAAACAGCCUAUAGUUCCACCAAUUCAAGAUAAUCAACAUGAACCUCACAUGCUUUUUCUUUAGACUUUUGUGCAUCGACUGACAGACCUCCACGUUUGAUAUGUCAUAAUUCCAAGAUGACUGGGAUUAAGGCCAUGUUCGGUUCCUGGUUCAUAUAGUAUGCUAAGUUCUUUAUUUAAGAAACAGUUUGGAUAGACUAAUAAUCAUUUAUAAAUAAAAAUGAUAUGUCAGUAACUCAUGUUUCUUAAACAUGACACUUUAAAUUAUUAGAACAUCUUGUAACCAUAUAGCUAACAAAUAUUUCUUAUAUUUUUGAAUUUUUAUAUUCUUGUUUCACAUGUAUGAAAUUUAAAUUUACAGUCUGUUUUAUUUUAUUAAAAUUCAAAUUGUCAGAAUAUAUUUUACUAAUGUUUAAUGAUUUAUAUAUUAAUAUUACUGUAUAUACUAGGCUAUAUAAUAAUAUUUUCAAGUUUCAAACAUACCCAUCAAUUUCUUAAGUGGUACUGAUAAUUAGAUACAUGACAUAAUUACAUGGGAUAUAUGUUACUUGAAUGUACAUUUCUGGGGAUGUUUCCUCUCAUCUUUCUCAAAAAGCAUAGAACGACAAACCACAGUACAGCACAGGUAUAAAAGAUGACACAAUUAUAUGGAAUAUAAGUUACUUGGACGCUUAUUUCCUGGGAAGUUUCGUUGAGGUCCGAGGGUUUUCACAUCUUUUUCAAACAAAUACAGUGAAGGUAUAUAUAUAUAUAUACAUAUAUACAAACGAGAGAACAAUGAAAACAAUAGUUUGUUCAGCCAAGUGAAGGAGGAAUCCUAUUAAAAUUGCCGUUAAAACCUUGUAAAUGCUUUACAGAUCAAUGUCCGUGAUUUUUUUUUUAAAAACUUGUGGGAUUGUUCAGGUUAGUCCUUAGGAGAAAUUUGUUAACAAUAUUCAGAGCUACACAGUGAUAUUUCACAGAGUUAUUGCCCUUGUAUUUAAAAACUUGAAAGCCACUCUUCAUAAAGCUAUUGGUGGGCAUAUAUUGGUAGCUUGGAAACAUACCAUUUCUAAAAUAUUUCUUCUUCAUAUCAAUAAAUAUAAGUACUUAAUAUUUCUUUUAUCAAUAAACAAGGUAAAUUAUAUAUCAUAGAAUCUUUUAUUCUUUAUAACUAUGUAUUAAUAUUAAUGUUGUUAAUAUUUUGUUUUAAAAUAAAUUAUUUAUACCAUGGAA